GCAGCUUCACGUUGCAAUUCACAAGGCAAAGAAUCUCAUUGCAAUGGACGCCAACGGACUGUCCGAUCCCUAUGUUGUUUGUGAAAUUCUACCUAGCUCGCAGCAUAGCCCCAGACCUCGAACCUCCACCAGACCACAAUGUUUGAAUCCUGUGUGGAACGAGGCUCUAACUUUUGAGCCAGUUGAAGAAAAAACUUUACACCAUAAAACUUUGAGGUUCGCCGUGUUAGACGAAGAUUUGUAUGGCUCUGAUUGGCUAGGAGAAUACUGGUUGGCUUUGAAUCGGCUAACGCCAGACAGACUGACAGAUUUCACGGUGCCAUUGGGACCAAAAAAACCUUUUUGUGUUGGAUGCUCACAUCUAACUCUAAGCAGAACACUGGCUUCACCGUCAUUUCAUUCCCCACGAUUCUCUUCUUCCAUCAUUAAGCUGCAUCGAGGUCUGCGAUUUUUGGAGGAGAGACGCCAGUUGUGUGUUGAAGUUAUCCGAUGUUCAGACCUGGCCUCCAUGGACCCCAAUGGAUUAUCCGAUCCUUUUGUAAAAUUAUACCUUCGUCCGGAUAAAGCAAAGAAAACGAAACAAAAAACGCAGAUCAAGAAAGCUACUUUGUUCCCAGAGUUCCAUGAGCAAUUCUUCUACGACAUGCAUCCUAGUGAUGCUGCUCACAAGACAUUGGAAAUCACUGUAUGGGAUUUUGACCGUGGUCCAAGCAACGAUUUCAUUGGUGGACUGACUUUGGGUGCAGACGCAAAAGCGGAGCGACGCGAAUUGUGGCUGGCCGUAUUCCGACCCCCCUACAGACGUAUUGAGGCAUGGUUUCAGCUCUCAAGCCGUACCCAGAAUGAGAACCAAUCAAGCACACCAGGUAUCUGUGAUUGAGGGAAAUUUUCAUUUUACUCUUCCUUUUAUUUUGUUAUGUUUUCCCGACAUUUACGUGAAAUUUUACAAAACACAACAAACUCGUCAUCCACGACGUGCGACAAAAAUAGUGGUUUCCCUGAAUUUUCACCCAUCCACUUUUUGAACGUCCCAUAUGCAAUGAUCAUCGUUCGCUUCGUUAUUGUAUUGAAUUCGCCUAUGUUAUUUUUUCU